CAGAAUCCUGUCGAAGCCAAGUAAGGAGGUCCUUCUCCUCCCCCCUCGCUUUUUAAAGGAGCUCGUGAAAUAUAAGCUCAGAAAACAAACCGAGCGAUCACAGCGGCAGCCCGGGCGGCGGCAGCAGCAGCAGGAGGAGGAGCAGGAGGAGGAGGCAGAGUUGGGCAGACGCUGCCGAGAGCUGCAGGACGCGGCCGAGUUGCAGGACUCCGCGCGGCUCCAUUCAUUAAGUAGCUGCGGAGGACUGUGGCGGGACGCCGACGCUGCCCACUCGCAAACUUCAGCACGCAGACGCACGCCAGCCGUGCUCGUCCCGGGCAGCGCAGCGCUGCAAAAGUUCCUGCUCGGGCUUUGGCUCUCUUCCCCUUGGACUAGCGAACAGUUUGGGCUUGAGAGGAAAGCAGAGGCGCCCAGAGGGGAAACCUAUCCGCGCCUGCAGUUGGAACUACUCGGCCGCCGCGUCCCGAGCCCGCAGUUCCGCUCCUGAGCAGCGGCGGCCCGCAGCGUCCCGAAAGGCUCUCCGCUGCCAGCGCCAUGCAAAACUACAAGUACGACAAGGCGAUCGUCCCUGAGAGUAAGAACGGCGGCAGCCCCGCGCUCAACAACAACCCGAGGAAGGGCGGCAGCAAGCGGGUGUUGCUCAUCUGCCUCGACCUCUUCUGCCUCUUCAUGGCGGCUCUGCCCUUCCUCAUCAUCGAGACGAGCACCAUUAAGCCUUACCGCCGCGGCUUUUACUGCAACGACGAGAGCAUCAAGUACCCCCUGAAAGUCAGCGAGACCAUCAACGACGCCGUGCUCUGUGCCGUGGGGAUCGUCAUUGCCAUCCUGGCGAUCAUCACAGGGGAAUUCUACCGGAUCUAUUACCUCAAGGAGAAGUCCCGAUCCACCAUUCAGAACCCUUAUGUGGCCGCUCUGUAUAAGCAAGUGGGCUGCUUCCUCUUUGGCUGUGCCAUUAGCCAGUCCUUCACAGACAUCGCCAAAGUGUCCAUCGGGCGCCUGCGGCCUCACUUCCUGAGCGUCUGUAACCCCGAUUUCAGCCAGAUCAACUGCUCCGAGGGCUACAUUCAGAACUACAGGUGCAGAGGAGAAGACAGCAAAGUACAGGAGGCCAGGAAGUCCUUCUUCUCGGGCCACGCCUCCUUCUCCAUGUUUACCAUGCUGUAUCUGGUGCUAUACCUUCAGGCCCGCUUCACCUGGCGAGGGGCCCGCCUGCUGCGGCCCCUCCUGCAGUUCACUCUGCUCAUGAUGGCCUUCUACACGGGAUUGUCACGUGUAUCUGACCACAAACACCAUCCCAGCGACGUCCUGGCAGGAUUUGCCCAAGGAGCUCUGGUGGCCUGCUGCAUAGUGUUCUUCGUGUCCGAUCUCUUCAAGACUAAGCCGGCCCCUGCUCUCAGGAAGGAGAUCCUGUCACCUGUGGACAUUAUCGACAGGAACAACCACCACAACAUGGUGUAGGUGCUGCGGCUGCAGAGCGCUUGGUUUCUCUGAAGUGACUGCUGACAGCAUGUUCCUGCUGCUCUCCCAUCUCAUCUGACAGUAGAAUGUAGGGAAAAGCUUUUUGCCCGAUGGAUUUUGAAAACAUUUAAAGAAAAGAAAAAAAAAAGCCUUAUCUUGUGGCCUUCCCAAAUAGGUUGUUUGCCUGUGUGGAGACAACAGGGCCGGCGUCCUGAAUCCUGGCUGUGCAGCUGGCUAAGUGUUCAUGUUCUAGUGAGCACAGGCCUGUCAGGAGCAAAACACUAGAAUGAUUGAGCAGAGGCUGUGGUCCCCUUUGGUGACCCGAGAAAUCCCAGGCCAGUGAGAACAGCUCGAGCUCCUGUGUUGCACACAAGGCACCAAAUCAGCCCCUCUGCCUGACCCACUUCUACUGUGACUUUGGUUCAAGGAAGUUUUGUGUUUUGAAAUACCAGGAAUGAAUGCAUUGGCUCAGAGUGGUCAGAACCCUCAUCCAAAUUCCUGGCGCUGAGGCCUCUGUCAUCUCCCCCAUCCCCAGGCUAACAACCACAGGCCCUCACUUUUAGAGAUUAGGAGACCCUUUGUGGAAGAGUGAACUUCACAAAUAGCACAAUUUCAGAAGACCCAGAGGGUGUCUUCUGAUGCACCGUACUGUGAUGCGGAUCUGCCACUGCAGGAUCAAUCACCGGGCACUUGCACAUGUAGAAACGGUUAGACUUCGGUUACUGCCAUCCCCUUGAGGUCCUUGCUGGGUGUGUACCGGGAUCUCAGGUGGGGGCCAAGGAUGAGCACAGGCGUGGUCGGCCUCUGGCUGACCAAAGGAGCCUCGGUAAAGAGACAGGAAGGGAGGGAAAGGGCAGAAUGAAAAAUGAAAAAAAAAGAACCAACUUUUUGGCUCCUUGGGAUCAGAGUGAGCCAGAGUAGCAGACAGUCUCAUGCCCAAAAGGUUACCCUUCACCAUAAGGGAGCCCAGAGGGUUUUUGCAGGAGCUGGUCUUGCUGUGUAAAGCACUAUUGUCUCCGGGUUGAUCCCUGGGACAGUCCUUUGGUGAGUUCUGCUGGGCAGAACACAUGGGUUAAAUCUGCAUAGAGAGUUUUUUCCUUAUCCUCUAUCCACAAGUGUCCUUCCAAGCAAGGUCCCAUUCUAGACAGUAGACAGAGACCCUUCUACUGAACCUCCAAGGAAAGGAAGAAGGAAAAAAAAAACCAAGUGCUUUUCAAAUCUUUCAAAGGGCUACACGUAACCAUAUGGAUCAACCACAUGCACAUCCUUCCACAGACUCCGUCCUUUCAUUUCAACAUAUAGCAAGCUAUGAUUUUAUAUAUAAAUAUUAUAUAAAUAAUGUAUAAAACAUUAAAAGUUAACUAUGUAAGAUAUUAUUUCUGAAACAACUUUAGCUAUAUCCACUAUGAUUAUGAACUGUGUCUCGACCUGUGUUAUUUACUUUAGCUGCUUAAAGGAGCAUUGAGUUAUUUUUUUUUUAAAUCUCAACUAAAACUAUCAUAGUUCUGUGGUAGCCAUUGUUCUACAAUGAGAGAAAUAACUUCAACCAGAGAAAACCUGUAUAAAAACAUUAAAUCGUCAGUAUUUUUGUAAGGUUCCGUUUUGUAAAGAGAAUAAUAUUCAAAGAUUUUUUUUGUGGCAUACAAAGUGAAAACGUGUAUCUGCGAAACUAAACGUGUAUUAAAUGUGCUUUUUAAAUAAAAGCUCAUAACAUGACUAA